AUGGCAGCAGUGGAUAGACUGCACUUGCCUGCGGAGCGCUCCGACAGAGGCAAGCACGACCGCCACGCAAGCUUGAGGCACUUGCCAAAUGGACUCACUAGCUCCAAUGGCAAUCUCACUUCACGACCACCAUCAGUCAAUGGUGAGAAAGGCUCUUCUGACGUUCCCGGAACUCUUCGACCUACACGGCCUUCAAUGCACCGGAACUGGAGCGCUCAAAACAUGAGGCACAACAUAUCGCUGGAGCACCUCCACGUGGACCUUCACUUCAAGGAAAGAAUCAAACACUUCACAUGGACUUGGUUCACAAUGACUAUGGCGACAGGCGGCGUUGCCAACGUGCUAUAUCAAGUCCCAUACCGCUUUCAUGGCCUGUACGCCAUUGGUUGCAUAUUCUUCAUCUUCAAUAUGGUACUCUUCCUCUUCAACGUUACCAUGAUCUCUUUGCGGUUCUAUCACUACCCGCACACAUUCAUGCAUUCCAUUCUGCACCCGACGGAGAGCCUGUUCAUACCAGCCAGUCUGAUCAGCAUCGGAACGAUUCUCAUCAACGUUAGCCAGUAUGGCGUAUCGCAGCCGUCGACUGGAGAAUGGCUACUCAGCACGAUGGUCGUUCUGUUCUGGGUAUUCUGCGGACUGGCAGUAUGCUUCAGUGCAGGUAUCUACUUGGUCAUGUGGUCCACUCAGACGUUCACCGUCGCUCAGAUGACCCCCAUAUGGAUCUUCCCGUGCUAUCCUCUACUGGUGAUAGGACCGCACGCGGGCACUCUCGCCAAACACCUCGUCAAUCGUCCAACCGAUGCGCUCACUAUGAUCCUCGGUGGAUUCGUGUUCCAAGGCAUUGGCUUUCUGCUCUCACUCAUGAUCUAUGCAGCAUUUAUCUACCGACUGAUGACUGAAAAGCUUCCCCAGGAGAAUCUACGGCCAGGCAUGUUCGUGAGUGUGGGUCCUUCUGGCUUCACGAUUUCCGGCGUUGUGUCCAUGGGCCUCCUCCUUCCGAGCGUCGUGACGAAAGACUUUCUGCUGAAAGGAAAUGGCGAACUUGCUGCACAGGUUUCUCAAAUCGCCUCAAUCUGGUUUGGUCUAUGGCUGUGGGGUCUAGCACUCUGGUUCUUCAUCAUCUCCGUUGGAGCUCACUAUUCCUGCGUCAGAAAGGGCAGGAUGACAUUCGCGAUGACGUUCUAUUCUUACGUCUUCCCUCAGACAGCUCUGACGACAGCGACCUUUGCCAUCGCGGAGGCACUAGACAACAAGCCUAUCGCUAUCUUGGGUUGCGUCAUGACUUGUCUGGUCAUUGUCGUCUGGUUUGCAGUCUUCAUCCUUAUGGUUCGGGCAGUCAUCGAGAAAGAUAUCCUGUGGCCUCAGCGACAAGAAGAUCGUGCCGAAGGAGGCUGGCAGACACAUUCCGCGAGACCCAGUGCUUGCAACGGCCGUACCGGAUCACCAAUAUCCAUUCGCCUCAGAAGUGCAACCCUUACUGGAGCAGACCAGGCACAACCGAUCGACAACAAUAUCGAGGAGCCUUGCAGACCAAAUGCGAAAGCGUCGGGCCAAGAUAAUACUCUGAUGAACAUGACUGUGCCUGUCGAGAAUCCAUUCGAGGCUGAGCGUAAUAAGAUCACUGGGCCGGAUGAGAUGGUGUGA